AAUACACUACCAAACUCGUCAAUCCUGCUCUACAGCUCUACAGCUCUACAAGGCGACAACACGAGCGGCAUAUUCUAGAACGCCUUCCUGUCUCCAAACAGCCCCUGAGCGCAGCAGUCGAUAUUCAUGAACACCAACACCUCCCAGGCAACGAGAGUACGCUUAAGAACAUACACCCAUUACAGAUGAAUCAUGAUUGCUGGUUGCCGGUCUUCAAUCAUCGCUGAUGUGUAUGUCCGGGCAAGUUGUGCCUGGCGCUGAGGAAGAAAUUGAAAGCUGUACAAGGGGAGCGUCAUGCAGCAAGGAGAGGGACUACCGGAGAACGAUACCAUUCUGUAGAAUCGGGCUUCGAGAUCCUUUUCAAGCAUUCUGCAAUCUCAGCUGCCAUGCGCAUGCCUCCAUACAGAUUCAUGAAGACCGUCGGUUGUGGUGACGCGUCAAUACAAGCACAUCAUCUGAGUUUACUGCUCGCCGUUGUAUCGCACCCGCUGAGUCCAACUUUGUCGCUGGACACCGAGGACCGCGUAGAUCGUGAUCUUUGGCCUCAAUCAGCGCAUCUGGCGCUCAUGAAAAACGCAGCUGGUAAAGCCAUAAUUAUGUGAACGCCUUGAAUAUCGACCAAAGCUCGACCAUGGUUGAUGUGCCUGACAGUGUUGGCGAAGGAAGGGGAUCAUAAUAGGAAUGGAUUGUGAGCAAAGCUAGAGCGAUGCAAGUUCUCGUGAAGUAGAACGUUUUGGGAGUGCCGGUAUGUGCUUCGGCUCUGCACCAGGGGUGCCGAUAUCAGGCAAUGUCAACAUUCGAUCUGCUCCUGAUGUCCGUAGACCAUUUAUGAAA